AAAAAUAAGUCCCAUAAUUUUGAGACCCUCUCUAGUGGGUGGGCCACUGGGAAUUAUCUCUUUUAUUCUUUGUCCAAUUGUUUAUGGAGUAUUGCCUGUGAAUCAAAUAUGCCCACCAAAUAAUUUGAAAUUGAGCCUGCACCAGCUGUAUUUGGAUCAUAUCCCUUUACCGUGCACAUCACAUUAAUUUUUGAGAUUCUCCUUGUCUUCUUCCUUUGAACUUUAACUUGCCGUGUUAUUUGAGGCCCCAUGAAGAAAUAAGUGCGGGAUCAACCAACGUAGCCCAGUAGCUUUUUUUGGAUCAAAGCUAAUGUUUUACUCUUUACUUUGUUGGCCAGCAAAUUUCCGUAGCUCUUUCUUUCUUGUUUGAGAUGACCAAGUAGGGGCACAUCAUUCUUAUAUUGAUCAAAUCUUGUUGUGAGGACAAGAGAAAAGAUACAAAGAGCAAAGCCCAUCAUGCACUCUGCAUUCUUUUCAGCACAGUAGCACAACCAUGUGAUCUUGAUCUACUUUUCGGCGUCAGGCUUUGAUGCAAGCACGGGGUAGAUUUCAUUCGAGGUUCGAGACCUCUAGACGUCAACGACGUCGGCGCAGGAGUGGUGGCUGGCCUCAACGACGUCGCUGUAGAGCGGUUGUUUCAGCGACGGCUGCGAUAGUUGUUGGCUUCCGUGGUAACGACGGCGGACCUCAACGGGAGUGCGGGUGCGUGUAUAUUCGGCGGCUUCUGUGGCAGCAAAUUCAAAUGGUGACUUUGAGCACCCUGCACCCUUGCAUUUGUGGAUGCAUGCAGGAAUUCUAGGUGGCCAACAAAAGCUAGUUGGCGGCGGCGGUAGUUGAUUUCUACUACAACAUCUAGAUCUGCCCCCCUCAACGCGGUUCGUAGGCGGCGGCAAGUCUCAAGACCAGCGGCGGCGGCAGGUCUAAGCGGCGGCGGCGGCAGAUCCGAGCAGCGGCAGCGACGGCGGAUUUGAGCAGCGGCGGCGACGGCGGAUUUGAGCAGCGGUGGCAGCGAUCAACUUCCUCUAUUUGAUAAUGACUUUGGAUUUUAACGGCGGCUAUCCUCACCGUGGCGGUGGCUAUGAACCUUCAGUAUGGCGGUGGCGUGCGGUUGCUGGACCAGCGGCUGUGAUGGACUUGGGCGGCUUAAUCAGUCUAUGGAGGCCGUGCGGCCGAGCAACGGCGGAAGCAAAUCCCGAGAACAAUGGUUGUCGCGGACGGACAUAUUGGACAGAAAAUACGUAGAUGAACUUUGGCUCCUUCUCGCAUUGAUCUCCUGCUCCUUCUGUUAGCUAUGACUUGCUUGUAACAGCAGCUUGAUGGUGAUCUUUAGCAAAACAAUAGCCCUUUUUGAGGAAUGGCAGCACUCCAUCUGCAAAUAUUUGAACAAUAGGCUAUUGUGUCUCUUUUCCUCUUUUUUUUGUUGUUGGCGUGGGGAGGAAAGAAAAAAAAGUAUCAUGCUCCCCUCUCUCUCUUUUUUCUCGUGUAGCCAUCCUCUGACUCUAUUUUUCUCUUUGAUCUCUCUCUCGUUUGUGGUAUUCAAUGGGUAAACUCUCGGUCCCACGGUCGGCGCCAAAAUGAUGGUGUAAAUUAUCGACCGGUAUAUCGUUUUUGGGGGCAAAAAUGAUAAACUAGUCUAAAAAAUACACCAAACUAUAAAUACAAGGAUUUUUACGUGGAAACCCAAAUCGGGAGAAAACCACGGGCCUUUUUUGGCGGUACCUUGCCAACGGGGGAUUUUUAUUAAUAUCGGGGGUGUGUACACGAUACAUGAAAUGGGCUCGGAAGCCAUUAAUGGUGGAGCUACAAGCUCUUGAAGAAGAGGGAAAAAUAUACUCUAAAGAUUUUCUAGAGAGAGAAACUAAGUGGGCAGGGGAGAGUAUAGAACUUGG